AAUGAGUUUUUGUUGUUUGGCGUCUAUUUUUUAAAAUAUUUUAAUUUGUUGUUUUUAAUAUAUUAUUAAAUAGGAAAAAUGUCCCAUUUUAAAUUUCAAAUUUUACCAAAAGAUGAGUUAAUGCAAAUGCAAGAAAGUGGAAUAUAUCGUGUACGUGAUGUUGCAACGAUAAAAGAUGUUCCAAAUAGAUUGCAGGAUGCUAAAAUUGGAUACAAUUCAGAUGGGCCGGAUUAUAUAUUGGAAAAUUUUGAUACAUAUUUUGCAAUAUUGGUUCAUGGUAAAAAAUUAGAAAAACAUAUCAUUGAUAAAGGGUUUGAACAAAUAUUAAGAUCAUUUAAACAGUUUGUACAGAAUUUAAAAAUUAUUUUGGAUGAAGAGGAUGAAAUGAAUGAAGAACAACUAAUCAAACUGUGUAAUGUUUUACAAAUGACUAUAUAUAUUUUGUCUGGAUUUAUAACCGUAUACGAUUCAAUUUACAGUAAUAAAAAUGACGAUAAUAGUGUAUUUGAAAAAAAAAAGCGUGUUAAAAAAACUAGAGAUGAUAAUUGGACUGAAGAAAAACAUGAAACAUUAGUUCAUAUUUACAAUUGCAUUCAAUUACCAAUUAAUAAAUUAUGGGAUCCACCAAUUCCAGAAUCAGAGUUUACAAACUUGAUAUCAAACACAUGUUACAAAGUAUUAGAAGAUCCUAUGGUCAAAAAUUGUAAACCUUUAAUAGAAACUGUAUUUCAAAUGUUGGGAACUUUGAUUAAAGAAUAUAAUCAUGGUUUGGAUUAUCCAUCGCGUCUUGUUAAGUUAAUUCAAAAUCAUGAACAUUCAAUUUCACCAAUUAGCGUUGGAGUUCUUAUGCUGGUUAGAGAUUAUGGAUGCAAAAGUUUAAUCAAUCGUUUGAUACGUGAAAUAGUUGAUUGGCAAGUGAAUGACAGUGUAAAUUUAACAGCGGCUGAAUUAAAACAGUGUUCAGCGUUUUUAGUUGAACUUGCUGCUUUGCUACCAGAAAAAAUUGUACCUGAAAUAAUGUUUCUUGGAGAUCAACUAGAUAAUGAUUCGUAUCAGUUUCGGAUGACAAUUCUAAGUAUAUUAACCGAAGUAAUUACAGUUCUCAGUGGGGAAGGUUUAAGUGAUGAUGCCAAAGAUCAGCGAGAUCAUCUUCUGGAACUUUUAGAAGAACAUUUCUAUGAUGUAAAUUCAUUUGUGCGUUCGAAGGUGUUACAACUUUGGGGUAAAUUACAACAAGAACAAGCUAUUCCAUUAUCUCGUCAACAAAUUAUUUUAGUAAAAGUGAUUGAACGGUUGCAAGAUAAAACAUCGAAUGUGCGAAAACAAGCCAUUGCCACUGUCAAGAUAUUUUUGGAAUGUAAUCCUUUUGCAUCUUCGUUAAACAUGGAAGAACUUAAACAAAAAUUAACAGAUGAAACUGAGAAAUUGAAUGAAAUAAAACAAAAAUUGAAUGAUUGCGAUCCAUCAAUGGAAAAAAAACAACAUUGGGUUGAAAUUCAUAAGGAAUUAAGAGAUUUUCUGCAGAAAAAAUUAGAAGAAGAAUCUGAAGAAUCCGAUGAUUCCGUUGACGCAACUCAAUCGCGAUUCGAACUUAAAGAAGCCAUAGAACAAAUUGAAGGGUUGUUAUUUCAACGUAAAUAUGAAGAAGCGUAUACUAUUGUAAGCUUGGCAGCCCAACGAACUAACUAUGUUAAUACUCAGAGGAAAGAUAUGGAAAUAGACGAUCAAAUUGAUUUAUUAUUAUUAGUUUUCCAUAAUUUAUUUGUGGAAGCUGGUGUUAUGAAUCCACCUAGUGUUACUGCUGAACAAUUACGUGAAUUAAAAGAACUACAAGAGAAACAAGAAUCAAUUGUUUCAUUUUUUAAUGCUAGUUUAGAUUUUACAAAACUAUUCGCGGAAGCUGUAUCAAUCAUUAAAAAAUUAAUUCGAUCGAAAGUAAUUGGUGAAUGCAUUGAAGCAAUUGAUUUUUUUACAACCGCUAGAAAUUUCUCGUUAAAAGAUAAUCUUCAUGGUGUAUUAGAAAUGUUAUCAUUGGUUUAUCUAAAGGAACAAGAUCGUAAAGAGGCUGUGGUUAAAGCGUUUCGUGUAAUGUUUUUAUCAACUUCAGCAAAAUCUGAUAGAGGUCAUUCGCUGCAAAUUGUAAAAAACCUAACAAUACUCCUACAAAAUAUCCAGAAAGAACAUUAUUUUGCUCUUAAACUAAUUAUUAUCGAUUGGGUAAAACAAGGAGAUAUCAGAAACGAAGAGAUAAAAUUAUUAUGGGAACGUUUUACAUUAAAACAGCCAGAUACGUCCGAAAAUGAUAGCCGGGCUGCUUUGUUGCUGUUGGAUAUUGUGGCUGAGGCUAAACCUGAAAUUGUAACAGUCAAUUUAAAUGUCUUAACUACGGUUCUGCAAGAUCGUGGAUUGGAAGAUUUUCGUAUAGCACAAACAGUCGCAUCAAUGUUAGCCAAAUUAGGGAAAACAGUACAUGCUCCACGUGACAAUAAACCAGGAUUUCGAUACAAUCGUGAAAAGGAUGAAAUUGUACAAAUUUUUGAACGUAUUUUAAGGGAAGGAUGGAAAAUCAACGAUUGUAAUUAUUUAGCCAUGUCUGUAAAAAUUAUUGAUUUCUUUUAUGAGUCGUGUGAUCACCCGGAUAAUAUCUGCGAAGAUUUGUUAAAAUAUUUCUAUACAGAGUUGUAUGAUUCACAAGAAGCAGCCAAUAAUAAUGCAGUGCCAGCUCAUAUGAUGUUAAAAUUUGUAACAUUUUUGGGUCAUGUUGGUUUACGACAACUUGUAUUUUUGGAUGUUACCAUUUAUAAAGAACUAAAACGACGUAAUUUAGUUCGCGAUCAAAAUGAUCAGACAAAAAAGGCUAAAGAUGCAAAAAAUGAGGCAAAAAAGAAAAGAAAUCGAACUACGGAUGUGUCAUUAUCGGCAUCAGUACAACCAAAUGAUACAGGUGUUAGCACACACAGUGCAUCAAUUAGUCGUAAACAACAGGCUGCAAUUGAUGAAGAACAAAUGGCUGUUGAAGGUGCUGUAGCAGAUGAUGCCGACGCUGAAUAUAUAUUUAAUGUACUUGAGAACGUAAUAUUAUCAGAAGAUUCCCUACUUGGUAAAUUAACGCAUUUUCUUGUGCAACUGUGUCAGAAUCCAAGCAAAUGUUCCGAUCAACAAGUAAUGACCGCAUCCGUACAAGCGUUGACCAAAAUGUUAACAAUCUCACAAUCUUUUGCUGAACAACAUAUACAGCUUGCAUUUACAAUCUUAGGCACAAGUAAAAAUGAUUCUAUACGUAGUAAUGUCAUAUUAGCCUUAGCCGAUUUAACAAAACGUUUUCCAAAUUUACUUGAACCAUGGACACCGUACUUGUACAAAAGCUUACGUGAUGGAUCAGUGAGAGUGCGUGAAACAGCCUUAAUGAUAUUAUCACAUUUGAUUGAUCACGAUAUGGUUCGUGUCAAAGGACAAAUUAGUGAAAUGGCAUUGUGUGUUGUUGAUAAAGAACCACUCAUUCAAAAGAAUGCUAAAGUAUUUUUCCGACAACUUGCGCAAAAAGGAAAUGCUUUAUACAACGUUUUGCCCGAUAUCAUUAGUAAAUUAUGUGAUGCAUCCGCUGAAGUAUCAGAAAAUGAUUUCAAAACUAUUUUAAAGCAUCUUUUAGAUUUAAUUCAAAAAGAUAAAUUAAUGGAAUCGUUGGUAGCAAAAUUAUGUGUACGAUUUAGGGUAUCGACAAUGUCAGUACGACAGUGGUAUGAUUUAGCGUAUUGUUUAAGCAUCAUGAAUUAUAAUGAUAAGGCGCUACGGCUGUUAAUUGAAAAUGUUCCAACAUUUAAAGAAAAGUUACAUGAUCAAAAAGUUUAUAAUUAUUUUAAACAUAUUGUGAGCGUUGCAGCCAAAAGUCCGAAAGCUGAGAUUAAGGAAUUAUCAGCGCAAUUAAAUGAAAAAAUUGAGAAUUGUGUAAAAUUAGAUGGUCAACCACAAAAUAAUGAGAAUUCAGAAGAAAAUGGCGAUGAAGAUGCUCCUAUAAAUGUUUCAAAAGCUCCAAAAAGUACUAAAAAACCUAAAAAGAAAACUACCAAAAAGAAAGAUACAAGUGAUGAAGAAAGCGAUGAUAAUGCGGCUGGUCCAUCACAAGCUAGCUCGUCUGCAAGAUCGUAUACUAGGCCGAAAAGAAGAUCUGCUAGAACAAAUGCUUCUACGCAUAUUUCAAAAAUAUUUGAAGAAGACAGUGAUUCCAGUAGUAAUGACAUUCCCAGUGUAAAGGCAUCAAAUCAGAAAAAAAGUACAAGAGGUUCGUCUAAAAAUGCAGGAGACUCAGAUGAUUUUGCGACUCUUUCGAAUGCUUCAGAUGGUGAUUCUGGUGUCAAAUCCUUAAGAAAGUCUAGAAACAGAAAAAAACAGAAAAAAAAUUAACAGAUUUUUAGAUAUU